AUGCAUAUCGAUGCACCAUGCGAACUUAAAGAAAGGCUAUCUUAUAUAGAUGCUAUGAAAGCUGUCAUUGAUAACGAAUGCCAUGCAGGUUGUCCAUAUCAAUUAAAAAAAAAUCCAAAUUUAGGGGGAACAAAAUUAAAAUUCAGGUGCAGUGCAGAUAAAUGUGAAGCAUGUAUCUCAUUUCUAAAGGAUGAUGAAGAAUAUAUCCUAACAGAAUAUAAUGGAACACAUAAUCACAAUCAAAUCAAAGAUGAGACAAAGAAAUACCACACAUUAUCACAAUGCUAUCGUCGGGUACUUAUUAAUUUUAUAAAACAGGGGGGUGAUCCGAAAAUGGCUCAAAUUGAAUGCGACAAAAAACUUGAUCUGGAUGAUCCACUUAACAGGCCAUCUUUUUUGAAUGCAUCUUCAGAUCAAAUGAAAACAAUUCAGGAAAAAGGAAAUAAAAAGAUCAAAGGUAUUCAAAAGUACGAUGAUAAUCAAUUCAAGUCAACUCAAUUAUUUAAGGGUAUCAAAGAACAAGAGUCACCAAAAGAUUUAAUUUAUUUCGAUGUCGAUAAUUACAACAAACCAAAGAAAUUAAUCUUUUAUUAUGCUUCUUUCAAAUUUCUGGACAUAAUCAAAAUUGUGAAAGAGCAUUUUAUUGAUGCAACCCAUUCAUUACUUGAAUUUAAAAUGUUGUUUUACAUGAUAUCAGCCAAAUUUCCAAAUACACAUGCAUUCCCAAUUUUUCAAUUUGUCGUUUAUCCAAACACUUCAGAAAAUAUUGCAUUCUGUCUCAAGGCAUUUUUUAACUGGGCAAAAGUAAAACCAAAAUAUUUUAUGUCAGAUUGUGCACAAGAAAUCGAAAAUGCGAUUAUCAACUCUUUUCCAGAAGUUAUCCUUCAUUGGUGUGCAGUUCAUGUAAUGAGGGCGUUCAGAAAAAAUUUGAAAGAUUAUGCAUUUGAGAGUUCAGACAAAUUGAUAUUAGAUACAAAAAUGAACUAUCUUGCAUACGGCAGAAAUGGCAAGAAAGAAUGGAUUGAACCAACGUUCAAAAAAAUUCUGGAAAUAGCCGAAAAAUUCCCAGAAUUUUCAAAAUACAUACAAAAUCAAUGGAUAUCAAACCAAGAAAGAUGGACAGCCGCUGAAAGAGAUGAAAAUUUAGCUCUCACAAAUAACAUUUCAGAAUCGAUUAACAAAAAAAUUAAAUAUUACUACUUUGGCGGAACAAUUUUCAUGAGAUUUGAUCGAUUUGUGAUGAAAUUAAUCGAUUUUAUCGUUCCUUCAUUUUAUUACAGAAUUUCUCAAGAUAUAAGGCUCAGAGACAAAAUUCCAAAUCCGUUGCCAUCUGAAAAAAAGCCAAAAAAGUCUACAAUCAGACUGGAUACAGAAAAAUGUAUAAUGCUCACUGAUAAAAUUAAAUCGUUAAUAGUUAACUCAUCAGCAAACUUAAAUACGCUUCAAUUGGGUUUAGAUGACCUACUUGAUAAAGUUGUCAAGGCAGCAAAGGUUCAAAAACGAAUGACCCAGUAUUUUUCGAAAUUAAGUAUCCCAAUGGAAAUCAAGCUUAGUAUUCUCACGCAAAUUACAGAAUUUGGAUGCAAUACCCCUCAAUUCAUUGUUGAGAAUGCCAAGUCUUUUCAAGAUAAAAUUAUUACAGAUUUCCACCUUCAAAUUUAUACAACAUUAUAA